ACAGAAUUUUUGCUUGCAGGCUUGCAACACUAAUGUUAUCUGUCUUUAUGUCAGUUUAGGUGGUGACAAGAAGGUGUUUUGAAAAUGGGGAAGGUUAAGUGCUCAGAAUUACGCACCAAGGACAAAAAAGAACUCUUCAAGCAACUUGAAGAGUUAAAAACGGAGUUAACUAAUCUCCGAGUAGCUAAAGUAACUGGAGGAGUUGCUUCAAAGCUAUCUAAAAUACGUGUUGUCAGGAAAGCCAUAGCACGUGUCUACAUUGUCUACCAUCAAAAAAUGAAAGUUAAUUUAAGAAAUCAUUACAAAAACAAAAAGUACAAGCCUCUUGAUUUGAGACCCAAGAAGACUCGCGCCAUGCGCAAGGCCCUUACUAAGCAUGAGGCAAAAAUCAAGACUCAAAAAGAGAUCCGAAAGAAGUCUCUAUUUCCACCUAGAGUGUAUGCUGUAAAAGCUUAAAUAAAUUUUUAAAUAAC